CUCUACAGGAAGUGACGUACUUUAGCGUCAGCUUCUUCCGCCCUCUUUUCGUUGAGGCUCAGCUAUCGGCCGGCCUGCAAGUAUGCAGAUCUUCGUGAAGACGUUGACGGGGAAGACCAUCACCCUCGAGGUUGAGCCCAGUGACACUAUUGAAAAUGUCAAAGCAAAGAUCCAAGACAAGGAAGGAAUUCCCCCUGAUCAGCAGCGUCUGAUCUUUGCUGGAAAACAGCUGGAGGAUGGACGUACACUGUCAGACUACAACAUUCAGAAAGAGUCAACCCUCCAUCUGGUUCUUCGUCUGCGUGGUGGCAUCAUUGAGCCCUCCCUUAGACAGCUGGCCCAGAAAUACAACUGCGACAAGAUGAUCUGCCGCAAGUGCUAUGCCCGUCUGCACCCGCGUGCUGUUAACUGCCGCAAGAAGAAGUGUGGGCACACCAACAACCUUCGCCCUAAGAAGAAGCUGAAGUAAAUAUUUUGGUUGAAUUGGCAUGGUUUGCCAUUUUGUGUUAAAAUAAAUUUAAGAAAAUUA